CCUGAUUCCAUUGCAGAUUGACAUUUCACUUACACAUCCACCACAACCACAUAUACCAAUCCCAACAUGUCCGGUCUCGAUCCUAAAGGCCCCUCGCAGCCUUCCCUAGACCAAGCCUACACCACACCUGGCAACCCAGCGCAAAAAGACCCAAAAGAGCAAGUACAAACAGAAUUCAACGCCGCCGACAACUCAGCCAGUGUUGACCAACGUAUCCCCACCAAACAAGCUACCGAUGCCGAAGGACUACGGAACGCAAAGUUCGAGGAAGGCAUGGGUGUACACGGCGCACCAGCGGGCGAAGAGAGAAAAGGUCUGGGUCAUGAAGACGUAGGAAGGCAUAAGGAGCUAGAUGGACAACAAAUGGCUGCACCAGGUGAGGGACGCGUUGCGGAUGCGGUAGCUAAGGGAGGAAAGGGUAUGGGUGGUGGUGGAGAACAGCCUGAUUUGGCGAGUGACUUGGACAGGAAGAAGGCCGAGCAGGCCGAAGCAAGAGAUGCUAUCAAACAGUCAAAGGGUGAGGCGACACAAGUUGGCGGCGCAUUGGGUCAGACUGGUGGACCCGCAAACCCCGUCGACAACUCGAGUCAGGGCGGUGGUAACUACCCCAACUCUAGCUACUAGGCCUUUCUUGUCAAAGGUCGGGCACAGGCUAUAUCUCGACAUAUGUGGGCCGUCGGAUGAUUGUCAAAGCAUAAAGUUAAGGACUCAACAAACGGCUGGUCUUGAUAUAGACAGCGAAAGCAACAACAGCAAGAGCAUCCUAUACAGACCUAUGUUGUUUUGUCAACAAUGCACACAUGCGCUUAUCAAUCUAGCGGUGUUCCCACUUUACAGAUUCUUUCUUAAUCAGAUCCAUCAUCACAUAUGUACCUCUACUUUCCGAACAUAGAGCCUCUUCCAACUUACGC